CGGUGACGUCACAGCACCGCGGGAUGAGAGUUGAGAUGGCCGCGUUAGCUCUCAGGCAAAAGUUUAGGCGCUAGAAUGAAGGGCGCUGCGGGAUUUUGAAACAGCUGUGCUGUGUUAGUCAGUCGGUGCAGCCGGGCGGUAUGUCCGAGUCCCGGGCCCUGGCCAGAGAGCGUCUCAAGGGCCUGAUAGAAGGCGGGACGUGUAACUCACUGACAGACGCGCUGAAAGAGAUUUGGGACGGGGAGCCUGAGUUUGGGGUAUUCAGAGAUGCCCUGGCCUUACUCAGAGCGCGGCUUAGGAAAGACACGUGGGAGUCGUACCCCGAAGAUAAAGCCAUCUUCUCGUGGAUGUUGCACCAGGUAACGCGGCCCUGGCUCUCUGAGUUCCUCAGCCAAGUCCUGCCACCCUCUCUCUUGUUCUCUGACGAUUAUAGGGUGGAGAAUAAGGUGCUGGGUGUAACCUGCCUCCAUCACAUCAUCAGGAACGUGCCAGCUGCAGAAUUACAGCAGUACAACCAGGCACAGGUUAUGUACCAUGCCCUAAAGAAUCAUCUGUAUACAGCUGAAGCUGAAGUUAUUGAGGUUGUCCUCCCCUGCCUGCUUGAUCUUCUUCCUGUCCUGCAAAUUCCACCUCCAGCACUUGGGGAAUACCAGAAAGAUAAGCAGAAUCCUACCGAUGAAAUUCUACAACUGGUCCUCACUCACAUGGAAAUGGAGCACAAGAUUGUGCUGCGAAGGGUGUACGCUCGCAACCUACCAGCACUGCAGCAGAUGCUGGGAGUUAGAGUUGCCCGCCAUAUGAAAAGACUGCUGAGUGUGAUAGUUGGUUACCUAGAAGUGUAUGAUGAGCCGGAAGAGACUGCCAGACUCUGCAUCCUGGAGACAUUACAGGGAACCAUUAAACUUGUAUGGCCCAGAAUGCCUUGCAGACUGACACUUCUACUUAAGGCCCUUCUAAAGCUCAUCUCUGAUGUCUCCUGUGAUCCUGGUCAGACCCCAAAAUCAGUGAGAGAGGCCCUGCUCCAUAGUGCUACUGAGUGCCUCAUACUACUGGACAGAUGCUGCAAUGGGCAGGUUAAGGCUGCCCUGGAAGGACUCCCCUCCCUCUGUAAUGAUUCCCUCCUGCUACAGUGUAUAAAGCAAGUGCAAGAGGCCACGUGACACUGCCGUCCAGAGGUCGAAUGCCAUUUCAGCCAAAAUCUCCGGGCCUGGAGUCCCUCGCUUAUUUGUUAUAUGUGGCCAAGGAAGGGGGAGUUUCAGACUGAGUUUGUAGUUGGGUUAUCAGAAAAUGGUAGAAUGGCUACAGAUUGCAGCCUUCUGCCAGAAGCACUGUGGGCAUUUCCCAAACUAAAGAAGAUAAAUGGUGGAAUAUAAGAAAGGGACAGCCUUAGUGAGGUUGUUCCUGUCUUUGCCUCUUUGGGCUAUCAGUUUUACCCAUCCAUUUCACUGAGCAUUGGAAUUCUAACUUAAAAAGUAAAGCAGUUUCAUGGAAAUGACAGAUAUGGGGAUGGCAAGUCUGAUCAGUUAAUGGGUGUCAGUAUUGCUUUAAAUGAAAACUUUGCACCCAAAUGCCUAUCCCCCAAAACACCAGCAGCAAACCUGAAACUGAUCACUUAAGCAAUUCACAUACUGAUGAAACAGUAUUUUCUGUGAUGAUGAUGUCUAAUAUACUUGGAGACUGGCUGGUUUGUCAGUUGGACAAUUUUCCAAUGAGGAAGUGAAAAGGAGACUCAGCUCUUGUUAAAGUUGUGAGGCUGCUGGUACAGAAUCUGUUUGUUCAGCUUGUAGCCUGUCAUUCAGAUACUAAACAGUAUGGGCCAAUUAAUGGCCACCUUUAAGCUCUUCGGCCCAUUUCUAAUUGAGCCUACAAAGACUAAAACAUUGUAGCAAGUUAAUUGAACUGAAGUGGUGGAAUAAACCUUGUUAUUCAUAACCAGA